CUUUGUGCUUCGCUAAGCCGCAAUUGGUAUGGCCCAUCGUGCCCUGCCCCUUUCGUAACCGCGGUUGGUCGAUCCCAGGCUGCAUCCGGCCUUUGCCGGGCCUGGUUCCGGUGUGUACCCUGGGGCUCUUCCUCCCGCCGCUGUCUCGGCCGCCGACGUGAUGCUGCUACUUUCUCUGGCUCGGGCUCGUUGUCUCAACCGGGCGCUCGGGCGAUCGCUCUGCGCCGUUCGGCAGGGGAACUGUCUACAGGGGAGGCGUUCACUGUCUGAUGUCUCUCGAUGCCAAGGGCCAGCUUAUGCCAACAACAGGAAGCAUUUGGUAAAUGGCUCCCGUAUCUUCACUUUCCGUUAUUUCAGAACUACCACAGUGUGCAGGGAGGAAGUUCUUACAGUGAACACACCAGCAUUUGCAGAAUCAGUCACGGAGGGAGAUGUCAGGUGGGAGAAAGCUGUGGGCGACACUGUAGCAGAAGAUGAAGUGGUAUGUGAGAUUGAAACAGACAAGACAUCUGUGCAGGUUCCAGCUCCAGCAGCUGGUGUAAUUGAAGCACUUCUAGUUCCUGACGGGGGGAAAGUGGAAGGAGGUACACCUUUAUUCAAACUCAGGAAAACUGGAGCUGCACCUGCCAAGGCCAAGCCAGCAGCAGCCCCUGCACCAGAGCCAACAGCAGCUCCUGUGGCAGCUCCCCCAGCAGCACCAAUUCCAACUACAAUGCCUCCAGUGCCCCCUGUGUCAGCACUCCCUGUUGAUGCUAAACCAGUGUCUGCAGUAAAGCCAGCUGCAGCUCCACGAGCUACGCCCGCUGUGGAACCUGUGGUUAGCAAAGGUGCCAGAGUGGAGCAAAGGGUGAAAAUGAACAGGAUGCGUCAGCGCAUUGCUCAACGCCUGAAAGAAGCUCAAAACACAUGUGCCAUGCUGACCACCUUCAAUGAAAUUGAUAUGAGCAACAUCCAGGAAAUGAGAGCCCGGCACAGGGACAACUUCCUGAAGAAGCAUAAUAUGAAACUUGGUUUUAUGUCUGCCUUCGUGAAAGCUACAGCCUUUGCCUUACAAGAGCAGCCUGUUGUGAAUGCAGUGAUAGACGAUGCAACCAAAGAGAUUGUGUACAGGGAAUAUGUGGAUAUCAGUGUUGCAGUGGCAACUCCUAGGGGUCUUGUGGUCCCUGUCAUCAGAAAUGUAGAAACAAUGAACUUUGCUGACAUUGAGCGAGCAAUCAAUGAGCUGGGGGAGAAGGCCCGCAAGAAUGAGCUUGCCAUUGAGGAUAUGGAUGGUGGUACAUUCACCAUCAGUAAUGGCGGGGUAUUUGGAUCCCUUUUUGGGACGCCCAUCAUCAAUCCCCCUCAGUCCGCUAUCUUGGGCAUGCAUGGCAUCUUUGAUAGGCCUGUUGCUAUUGGAGGCAAAGUUGAGGUGCGCCCAAUGAUGUUUGUGGCCCUGACAUACGAUCACCGGUUGAUUGAUGGUAGAGAGGCAGUGACUUUUCUGCGCAAGAUCAAGGCUGUGGUGGAAGAUCCUCGUGUGCUGCUGCUUGACCUGUAAAGAGCAGCAGCAACAGCAGCAGCACGCACACACCCCAUCCAGUAGAGCAAGGAUGCAGCACCAGCGGAUGGAACAGAGGACAUUCAGGAAUCAGCAGGGCUUUAUUCCGGUCGUCUCCUCUCUCUUGUGGCAGGAGGUGCUUUGAAAGAAACCCCCAAGGGUGGUGCGCUACCCACCUUUCCUGCCUCUUUCCAAAGAUGGUUCAUUUUCUUCCCAGGGCAGACAAGCAAAUGUCAUUACCUGCUCAGAUAUAACCUACCAACCCCCCCUGCCUCUUUCUCACUCCAGAUAGAUGUAGCCUCACUUCUCUCUUGAGAUCUAAUGGGAACAGAAGUUACCUGCUGCUUGGCUAGAGCUUUCCUCCAAGCAGCUCUUGCACAGAAUUUCAGCUUUAAUUCAGUAUCACCAGGGCAGCUGUCAGAGGAGGGGGAAAGGUUGCCGCUGGCUCACUGCUUUACUUGAAGGCUCUCUUGCACAGCAAAGCUAACAUGGGGCCCUCUAGGGUGACUGUUGCAGUGCCUGACCUUAUAUGCCUCUGGUAACGGAGAGUGAAUCUGUACUCCAGCCACCUUGUGGUUUUUUUACCUUAACAGGAGUGAGGCACUCCCACGGCUUCCUGCCUCCACAGCCAUUAUGCAGAUCCUGUACUACUAGUGAGAGGCAGUUUGAAGGAUUGUUUUCAGGGGUCUUCCUCUAUCUCAUCCCUUCAAGAGAAAGUAGGUGGCAGUAGCAGCACUCUUUCUCUCCCACUUUGAGUUGUUUCUUUUCUUCUUACCUCUGGUAGGGCAGAAUCGAUGCCCCUCCUGGCCAUCAGGACCGGUUCGAAUUGACGGGCUGCUGGAGAUUAGUGGGAGGUUACAUCCUCCUUCAACUGCCCUACAUUCCAUCUAAUCUUCAUUGGAUGGUUUUAUCAACUUCCUGGCUGCAAUGGGAUGGUAAUGUGGGUAGAGACUAGGUAGUUGUGUGUGGCAAAUACCCCAACCUAAGGCUGCUGGUUUAUGGGGACAUAUCCUUAGAACAAUAGUGUGCACAUGUAUUGUUGAGUGAGAGGGUUGCCUGCAGGGUUUAUUAUUCUCAUCUGCCGCACAGAACUUGUAAUUAAAGUAUUUAACAUGACAGAUUUUAAACAAAAUAAAAGAAGAAAGUUA